AUUAGUUACGUAAAAACGUAGUGUCGCUUCUGUCCAUACACACCCGUAUUCCUUACCGUCAGUUGCAAUGGUCUAGAUUCCUGUCUUGAUUUUCACCACAUCCCACACGGUAGAAGCUUACAGCAUGAUCCUGCUCGAUGUUUAACAUCGUGAAAAACUCGUGUUUACCCGGCAACCUACCCUAAAAGAGAUUAGGCAUUAACUCGUAGAAUUCGUUGGAUUUGGAAAGUUCAUUGCUGAAAUCCAAGUGACUGUUGCUUUAUCAUCUCAGGCAAUCCCCGUCAUGACCUCACUACACUCUGAUGGGAUUUUACAGCAGUCGUAGCAUUGCCCUGUCUACUGUGAACAGUGGGUGAAAUCGGUCAUUAUUUAAGUCUUCUUCGAUGACGGUCUGAGUGAAUAUUUCAUUUGGUUCAUUCUCAGGAGACGCCAGACAACACGUUUGUUUGUCAAAGAAACAACAGGAAGAUUUUGGCCCUCCAAAAGGUGCAGUGAUGGGGGGAACCAAGAGCAAACCCAAGGACCUGGGCCAGCGGUCCAGAAGCGUGGACGGUGGGAUCAGUGGGGUCAGCAGCCACCACCUGGCCCCCGCCCAGCACACCACCACGCCCAAUCACAGCCCCGCCAUGGAGCACAGCCGUCACGCCGCCCAUCCCGCCACCAACAACGCCGAGCUGGCCCUGUUCGGAGGGGUGGACCCCAUGGGCGGAAUCACCUCUCCGCACCGAGGGGGACCCCUGGCAGGAGGCGUCACAACCUUCGUGGCGCUCUAUGACUACGAGUCCCGCACUGCUUCCGAUCUGUCUUUCAAGAAGGGCGAGCGUCUGCAGAUCGUCAACAACACGAGAAAGUUGAACUGCAGGGAAGGGGACUGGUGGCUGGCUCGCUCCCUGGCGACAGGAGAAAGUGGUUACAUUCCAAGCAAUUACGUUGCUCCUUCAGACUCCAUCCAGGCAGAAGAGUGGUAUUUCGGGAAGAUCACACGGCGAGACUCUGAGAGGUUGCUCCUCAGCACGGAGAACAGGAGAGGGACCUUCCUGGUGCGAGAGAGCGAGACCACCAAGGGGGCCUACUGCCUCUCGGUCUUAGACUAUGACAACACCAAAGGACUCAACGUCAAGCACUACAAGAUCCGUAAGCUGGACAGUGGCGGCUUCUACAUCACGUCCCGCACGCAGUUCACCAACCUGCAGCAGCUGGUGGGACACUAUCGCAGUCAUGCUGACGGGCUGUGCCACUGCUUGACGGAGGUUUGCCCCGUGCUGAAGCCCCAGACCCAGGGCCUGGCCCGGGACGCCUGGGAGAUCCCCCGCGAGUCCCUGAGGCUCGACGUCAAGCUGGGACAGGGCUGCUUCGGCGAGGUCUGGAUGGGAACCUGGAACGGCACGACGCGGGUGGCCAUUAAGACGCUGAAGACAGGCACCAUGUCUUCCGAGGCCUUCCUGGAGGAGGCCCAGGUGAUGAAGAAGCUGAGGCAUGAGAAGCUGGUGCAGCUGUACGCCGUGGUGUCCGAGGAGCCCAUCUACAUCGUCACUGAGUACAUGAGCCAAGGCAGUCUCCUGGAUUUCCUGAAAGGAGACCGGGGGAAGAUGCUCAGACUGCCUCAGCUGGUGGACAUGGCUUCGCAGAUUGCCUCAGGCAUGGCCUACGUGGAGCGGAUGAACUACGUCCACAGGGACCUCAGGGCUGCCAACAUCCUCGUGGGAGACAGCCUGGUGUGCAAAGUGGCCGACUUCGGCCUGGCCCGCCUCAUCGAGGACAACGAGUACACUGCACGACAGGGAGCCAAGUUCCCCAUUAAGUGGACUGCCCCCGAGGCUGCUCUUUAUGGCCGAUUCACCAUCAAGUCCGACGUCUGGUCCUUCGGGGUCCUGCUGACCGAAUUGGCUACCAAAGGCAGAGUGCCGUACCCAGGGAUGGUGAAUCGAGAGGUGCUGGACCAGGUGGAGCGGGGCUACCGCAUGCCCUGCCCGGCAGAGUGCCCUGAGUCAAUGCACGAGCUAAUGCUCACCUGCUGGCGCAAAGAGGCGGAGGAGAGGCCCACCUUUGAGUACCUGCAGGGCUUCCUGGAGGACUACUUUACAUCUACCGAGCCCCAGUACCAGCCAGGGGAAAACCUCUAGGACUCCUCAGGGUUUGGGGAAGUGGGCAGUAGGCACAGGGAAGGGUGGGCGGUGGCGGUGGAGGUGCGGUAAGCUAGCCUCUAACAACCAAGCUCUUCUUCCCUGCUAAAACCCUAUCCCUGCCCCGCCAGUCCUCCCAUCUGAGUGCUUCGUCCCCGGCGAGCCACUGCCAUAGGGAUUCCACCCAAACAGCCCCGCUCUCCCUCUCCCUUCCCCGGGCCCCUGUCCGCUCCAUUCUCCAUUCUCCAUUCUCCAUAUCCCAGACCACCCCUUCCUCCCUAUGUCUCUGAGUCAGAGGUCGUGAAGCAAUAGGGCGAUGCUGGUGUUCAGUGUGACCUCAGCCGUCAUGUGCGUGGGUCACUUCUUCUUUUUUUUUUUUCUUCCUACUUUCCACACGUUUAUAUUUCAGGUGAUUGGUGAGACUAAAUGGGGGGAUGUGAAUGGCUCUCCAGGGUUGGAAAUGCACUUCCUUAAGAAACUGACCUCAAUGCUGCUGCCGGCUUGCCUCUUUAGUGAGGCCUCUUUCCUGAGGGAAGUCAGAGGUCAAUCGGUAACCUUCCGCCCCAGGGGCAAGUGGACAAUCAUCACUGACCAUUUCCCCUAAUCAUCUGGGGUUUCAUCUGGGAGAGUGCAACGUACAGUUUUAAAUUUCUGGUUCAGCUUCUUUUUCUUUUCUUUUCUUUUUUUUUUUUUUCCCCCUGGUUUAACUGGAAUGGUACACGUGCUAUGACCAGACGUGGCAGAUAAUAUAUCUGUUCAAAACUGGGUUCGUACCCGCGGGUAACACCAUGUCACUAAAUGGAGCGAAGGACCAGGGUGAGGCUGGGAGGUGCUGUGCGGAAAAAGAGCUUCCAAAAACCCAGGACACGGUUAUUGAUGAUGACACCACAAGCUGCUUAAAAACAGGAGGGAAAUGUCUACGCUUUUAUUUAAACCCACCAGUAGAACGUUAAACAAUAACGAAGCAAAAACAAACAAAAAAAACUACUGAUUUCCCAGUCUGUUUUUGCUGGGGCAAGAAUCCUGCUGCAAAUACUGUGUGCCAUCGGGAACCGUUUUGUACCGUUUUCUGUGCAUAAAGUGUAUUUUUAUUAACCUGAACUUUCAUAUUAUCAAGUACAGUGGGCUUGUAAGUAUUUCCCUUGUGUGUAUUUUCAACAAAGCAAAUUUUGAAAAGUGCUCAAACCCUUGUACAGGCACCUGUUGGACUCAGACUGUGGGGAGGAAUGUGUUAACGUUGGGCUUCCGCCUCUUGCUCCUGAAACACACCGGUUUCAAAGCCCCCGCAUUGACUGGCCAAUACUUUCGUUUCAGUUUUAUGCGAAAGUACGGCUGUUCAUUUAGUCUUUUAACCUUUUAUUCAUCUUUCAAAUUGAAAAGGUACUAAGCAGUUAGACCUCCCACACACACACACACACACACAAUCAUAGACCGCCACUACUUGAAAGGUGAGAAGUUUCUUGUGAGUUUCACAUUAUAAAUUGCGUGGGGGGGGGAUGUGGAGGUGGAUUUCAUUUACAGAAGUUGAGUCUUUGUAAAACCCAUUAGCGGAUAUGAGACAUGGCUCUAAGAUUACAAUUCCACAUUACACUGAGUGCCUAUGUCAUGAACAGCCACUGAGAAUGUUUGCUGCCACUUAGGGGUGACCCUCUCUCUGCACUAAAUCCUUAAUGGCAAUUACGGAGGGGCAGGUAUUACCCCUGUCGGAAUGUCCAGUUAAGAAUCUGUGUGUGAUCUCCUCUUGUAGCCAAUCUUUGUUUGGGUUAGGUUUUUUUUCUGGGGGUUUUUUUUUUCUGGGUUUAUUUAUUUUUAGCAAUUUCAGCCUCAUUAUUUACAUGCAAUGCAUCUGCCGGCGGACUAUGCUGAAAAACAUCUGCCUUAAGCACAAAGUAAUUUGCCCUUCAAGGGCUCUUAUUGCUAUUUUUACAGAUAGAAUUUCAUGUUACCAAUUAUUUACAAUUCAGUUUCAUUCUGUCUCUGUAUUUAGGAGGCAAAUAAUUUACGAAAAAACUCUGUAAACAAAUUCCAAUUCUCCAGGGAUAACAGAGAUGGGUUCAUUCCAUCACAUCUUGGCAGACUGCAUCCAAAAGUCUGCUUUCAAACUUUUGAACAGGACUGGCUUUUGGAACAAAAUUCCAUUUGCUUCCAAAUAGGUUGUUGCUGGCAUUUGUUUCUUAAUUUGGGGGAAAAAAAAAUGUUAAAUGACAUUUCACCUUUUUUUUGUUCCAAUUUUGAAGUAAAUGAAUAAGAAAAACAUCUAGGGAACAAUGUAAGUGUGCCUUAAAAUAAUUGUGGAAGGUUGAGCCCGCAAAUCUGUGCUUUGAUUCAUUUCACCUGUCAUUCAUUCAUGGUCAUUGAUGGAUGUUGUUUUUCACAGAUUUUCUUUAUAAGUCAUCAUGCAGUCAUCAUGCAUUUGACUGGAAUAGUAAAACAGACCUUCACCAACCUCUUUAAUAUUACCACCUCCCCCAACAUCCAGAAGAAUGCUAUAAAUGUCUUUUUAUAAAUGUUUAUGAAUGCAAACUCUUUACAGGAAAGCCAAACUAAAAUGCAUCAUUGAUCAUGCAAGACCUACCAGCCCUUCAGCUGUUGCAUUCGGAAAUGAUGAUGUGCUUCAGAUUUGGCCAUGAAGAGCACCAUAUGCUUCUGUGAUUCUAUGGGGAGGGCUGGCCUUAAGACAAUCCAAAGCAAGCAAAGUUCCUGAGUCUAAUCGUUCUGUUUGUAUGAAACACAGUAUAGGUCUAUCCAGAGGUUCUCAGUCAUUAGUGUAAUUUAUUUGCUUCUUUUUGUCAUUUUUAUUGGAGGGGGGCUUUUGGAAUGCUGUUCUCUAUUAAAGUUAUUGAUGUGUCAUAAGAUAUUUCUAAUCACGGAUGUCCCCCAUUCCUUGUCCCUAAAUUGGCAAACAACAUUGUGGCCUGUUUUUUAAUAUGAUUUGGAUGUAGGGAGAUGGACAUUUAUUUGAAUUGUAGGUAUUGAGCGUGAAUAGUUUAGCCACUGUAAAUACUCCAGUACUAAUGACUCUUGUAUAUAUCCUGAAUAAUUUAUUCAUAUUUUGAAUAGUUUUGUUCACAACAAAAAACCCAGUUUGUCACUAUAAUUUUCUGCACCUUCAGCCAUUUGUGUAAUCACAACAAUGUAGAGGUCAAGAUAUGUGAUGUAGAUUUUCUAUAUAGUAUAUACAAAUGUCUAUUAUUUCUUUAUGACCUUGGUUUAUUUUGUGUUCCUCUGUACCUGAAGAUACCAAUAUUGUAUGAUGCCAUGGAAACAGGAGGGACACAGAUAUGUAAAGAUACAGAGAGCAGUGUUACACAGCUGUGUCUGACUUCCACUUCUGGGCCAGUGAGAGACAGGAAACUGGCCACCACACACCCUCUGUUGCUUUACGUGUGGAUAGGUACGGCUGUAUAUGUUAGUUUGUCUCACUGAAACAUUGCCGUUUGAUUGGUUCAUGCAUUUACAGCACGACAGCAGGCUUCUGUGAAGAAGUAUGCCAUUAUUACAAAUUAUAACAACAUUGUUGAGCAGGUUUAGCAUUGACUGUCUUUUUUAUUUAAUGAUGAUAAGUGGUACUCUUCUUUUUUUUCAUCUUUUUUUUCACACAAUGGUACUUUCAAUCCUGGGAUAUGUCUCCACUUUGGAGUAUAGGAUUUUGUUGAAUGAUUUUUCUAAAAGGUAACCAAUGCCAGAACUUUGCACAAAUCAGGUUGUAUUUGCACCAGACUGUACAUUUGUUUCCCCCUCCCCAAUGUGUGUUCACAUUUCUGUCCACAAUAAUGACAAGGAUACAUUUUGGUCCCUGACUUCGGUUAACUUGACAACAUCUUGGCCUGUGUAUGUGUUUUCUGUUAAGCUAUGCAGCUUCUGGUCUGUACCAUUCCUGUGUAACCACCUUUUUAUACAGUUUUAUUGAAAUUUAAGACAAAUCUCUGAAGAAUGAUGUUUGCUUUUGUAUUAAUGCAAUGUUAAAUUCUCUUGUUUAAUCUUCAGAAGUUGAAUGGGUGAGAAAUUUCAAAUGGUACUUUACAGGAUUCAUCUGCCACUUCAUGUUGUAAUCUUUAAAUGUGCAAUAAAUUAUGUUUCUAAA